AUGGGCGAUUGUAUCUGGAGAAGAUACCGACAAUUGGUGCUUUUUUGUGUGGCAUCUGAAGAACAUGUUGAAGGAUCUUUGAAGAGGGAACAACUGGGGAUUAAUUUGUCAUUAAUUGAGUUAUGGAAUGAAGCUGACAGAAGGUACUGUUGUAAGCACCUUGUGGCAAACUGGAAGAAAGCAUUCCCAGGGCCAUUAUUGUUUUCUCUUUUCUGGAAAUCAUGUGGUGCAUUCUCACCAUUUACCUUCAAGAAAGCCAUGGAACAACUUGACAAAGUUAAUCAAGCUGGGAGAAAAUGGCUAUCAAACUUAGGAGAUCAGACAAGGUGGACUAAACACAAGUUCAACACUGAGCUAAAGUGUGAUGUCAACAAAACAAAUUUUGUUGAAAGUUUUAAUGCGACUCUGGGACUGGACAGAUGUAGGCCCAUGUUGACCUUACUUGAAGGGAUUAGAAGAAACACUAUGGUUAGGAUCGCUUCAAGAAGACAACAAUGUGAAACUUGGGAGAGGCAAGAUAUCUGUCCUAACAUUGCAAGAAGAAUCCAGAAGCUUAGUCAUGCAAGUAGGGACUGCAUCCCAUACAUGGCAGGGGAAGGAGAGUAUGAAAUCCUAACUGGCAAGUCUGUUCUCCCAGUUAGCUUAAACAAACACACUUGCUUGUGUGGAGCUUGGCAGCUAACUGGUAUACCAUGUAAACAUGGUAUUAGAGCAAUAAUUCAUUCAAGGUUAGAUCCACACUCAUUUGUGCAUGAGUUGUAUUCUGUGAGCAAAUACAAGGAAGCUUACAGCUCUGGUAUCAAGUCUAUCCCAGACGUUGAGCAUUGGCCAGAGAUUAAUAUGCCAGAGAUCAAGCCACCAAUUGUGAAAAGGGCAAUAGGGAGACCUUGCAGAAAUAGGAAGAGAGCUGAUGAUGAAGAAAGGAAGGGUAAAAGGGCUAAGACCGUAAAAUGCAGUAAGUGUCAGGCAUAUAUGGACACAAUACUUUGA